AUGCCUUCCAUCGACAGGAAUAUGAAUAUGAACAUGACGAACGCACAUGACCAUAAUCAAGGCCUCGAAAAUAUCGAAGAAAGUAUUAUCAAAGUCGAGAUGCAAGAAUCUGACCGGCGUGGUUCUGUCGCCACACCAGCCAAAUCUAGAGCUAUCUCUAGAUCCAAGGCUACCCUAACUACCAGAGAUCGUCCCAUCGCCUCGAUCGAGGUGGACGAGAGCUAUGACCCCGUUACGCCUGCCAAGUCUUCAGCUAGAGCUGGUCGGGGAAGAGCAAGAAAGAGAGCCAGAUCGCAAUCUCCCAAGAGAGCUGCCAGUACCAAGGUUGUGGCUGAUAAAAUUUCCAAGACACGACAAAGUCCAAAGAAGAAGGAUACAAAAGGUUCGAAGAAUUUACGUGACGAAUUGCUUGGUGAAAUGCUCGCAGAAGAUGACGAUAAUGGUGACGAAUGGGAAGAUGACAACGAUGGCGUUCGAUCUGAUGAAAACACCUGGGACCAAGUAAAUAAAGUUAUUGGAUCUACCGGCAAACCUACUCAUCCAAAUGGUCGAGCCGAAGGUCGCAAGCUUGUUGCAUGGCAUAGAACUCGAAUGAUGGAGAAGUUAAUCUUGCACAUCGUAUUCGAGUGUCGCCGUGCUGGUAUCAAUCUUCCAUGGGACAAGAUCGCUCACCGACUAUAUCCUGCGAGCUCAGGUGCCGCCGCUCAGCAGUAUAUCAACAAGAUGCGUGACGUCCUUAUCACAGAAGGUCACCUUGUUCCUCCUCCUUUGGGAAAGAAAGCUGUGUUUGAUCCGAGCAUCCGUGGCUACAUUCGUGACAUGGACGCUGGAGACCCAAGAACAUCUCGACCUGUUGGGUGGGAUGAAGAGAUUGUUGACCUAAAAGAGAGUCUUAUUGUACCUGGUGUUUCCAGAGGUUCUGGAACCUAUCGUCGCGAUAAGGCUCGAUGGCAAAGCAACAAGACAACCAUCGCCGAAGAAACACCUACCAAGAUACUCCGCGCUCGCACUCAUCCUGAUAGGCAGCCCUCCAAGCCAAAGCCCGAGCGAAAAGAGAAGACAGUAAAGAUCAAGAAGGAGCGAUCUGAAUCACUCGACCCUGCCGAGAUGCCAUCAGACGAGGAUUAUGACCCGGGAAACCGUCUUAAGCUUAAGGGCUAUCGCAAGCGUAAGGUUAAGGUUAAGGCCGAGCGUAAGUGCGAGACGGAUGAGGACAUGGAUAAGGCAACGGAGUCUGAAGAUGCAUCGUCUGGGUAUUCCGAUAAUGAGAUAUACCUUGAAGAGACGCCAAGCAAGAAGAGGGGCUCAGAAAAUCAUGCGAUAACACCUCUAGCUGCUUUGCCAGUUAAGCUCAAGCUUUCUCCGGGUUUACUCAGUCGAUUUCCUGCGGACGUUGCCAGCAGCUCUGCUCAAGGCACAUUAACAGUCGAUGACAGGGUGGAUGAUGGAGAGUCUGUGAAAACCCCCGAUGACGCAGAGACGGCUGUUGAUAGUUCUGCCCGCGACGGCGAUGAUGUUUUUGGUUCCGAAUAUUCAAGCCUCGACAAUAACCAUAACCUUCAGCUACGAAGCCUAGGUUUGUUGCCUCCUAACGACUACGUCGGAGGGAUAAACCACGGUUAUGGACUUUACAGUCCGCGCGGUCCGUUGAAUGCCUCAGGAUAUACCCCUGUAUAUACCCCGGGCUUCGAUAGCCAGGGUUUUGCCAAUGUUGGAGCCACGUCCUUUGAGAACACUCACGACAAUAACGUAUUUUCCCAAGGAAUGUAUUUCGGCCUGCAUGGUUUCAAUGCAGCAUCCGAUCUGAAUGUCGGCUCAACUUACGGUGCCUCGAAUGGUAUGAUGCAAGGUAUGAACGGAGGUCAUAGCGGCAUGCGUUCAUUCUCUCAUGGCACUGGGGUCAGUUCCAGCAACAGUAGCUUUGCUCAUGGUUCAACCGGCACCGACUACGGCGGGGGUGCAUUUGAUUACGGCAAUGCUAGUAUCGCUCCUGGCCAGCGUUUUCAAUCUCCCAGCGAGAGUUGGGUUCAGGAAUACACCGCCGAUACCUCCUUCAAGCAGGAUCACGGUCUGUGA